CCUUCAAUUACCUACAUAAAACCAAGAAAAAAUAUGAAUUGGGUGUGGUUUUCUUUUAUACUCUUAUUAAGUAUCCUAAAUGAUUAUUGCACUAGUAGCGAAGAUAAAAUGGCCUUCGGAGGCAUCAUUGCCAGAGACUGUAAUAUGAUUAAACCUCCGAACGAGCAAUGUAAACCAAAAGAAGUCAUUCCCAUUUUGGCAAGAGAAUAUUACAGACUCUACUAUUUCAAAAUGGUAUGCAACGCCGUUAAUCUCGGAGAUAACAUCAUUGCGGUGCCGACGCUCUGCUUCGAAACCGGCGUCCCGGCGCCCGGCGAGUUCGUGGCCGUCGGCUCUGCGCAUAACUGGUGCCACGACGCCCCGGAAUACGUGGCCAAUAACUUCAUGUCCAUCAAUCGUAAAAACGCCAGCAUCACUUUCAUACGCCUCUUACCGCCUAUGCCGGAGCCAUGUCAUCCCGUGAAGAUCUCCGACCCGGCUUCGGAGCCCCGCAUGAUGAAGGGUUUCAACUGGAACAGCCGGAAGACGUUCGAUAAAAGAGACUCGUAUGGUAGGUGCAUCCCGAGCGUGCCGAGUGCGCUGUUGUACAGCAGACCGAACGAAUUCUGGGGGUUCCAACAUCCGAAUUGCAAGGAUCCCAUACCUAUUAAAGAAUAUUUCGAAGAGUUAAAUAGGUUGGUUUCGUCGCGUGGGGUACAAACUGCCACGUCAACACAGGAUAUAUUCAGUUCGGAGCAGGGGCCAGCACCAACUACACCAGCAACUAAGUUCUCUGGCAAUGAUACAGCUGAUUUAGAGAAUUUAGAACAGCGUUUAGAAGAAUCAGAAGCCGAAUUGGAUAAACUUAAACACGACAACGAAAUGCUUAAUCACACCGUCGAAUAUUUGAAAACUCACAUAGAAGACGAUGAAGAGAAAAUACACGAUUUGGAAAACAACGUCGAUCAAGACAGGAAACAUAUUAAAGACGAUAUAGAAGAGAUUAGAGAGCAGGAACAGUCGAACCAACAAUGGAUCGAAGAUUUGGAGAAAAACAUAAUAAACGAUGAGGAAAAGUUAAAAGAAUUAGAGGAUGCAAUAAAGCAGUCGAACCAAAAUUCCGUCCAAUACAACGAAACUAUCGAAGAUUUGAAACAGCGAGUCGAAGACGACGAAAAUAAAAUGUCUGAUUUGCAUCAAAAUUUGAUCGACGAAAACGGCGAAAUCGACGAAAUAGAAAGCGACAUUGACGAAUUGCAUGCAGAAUUAUAUGAGGAAAACCAGAAAAUCGACCACGUACAAAAAAAUAUCACAAAUCAAUCAAAUGAGACUAAUAAACAAAUUAACGACAUCAUCGAGGAAUUGAAAAGUCAAGUAGAAACCGACGAAAACAAUAUUCAACAUUUAGAAGAUGUUGUGAAUGCAGCGAAUCAAAGCAACCAAGAACUAGAUAAUAAGAUUGAAGAGCUAAAAGAACAAUUGGACGCUGAUGAGAAAAAGAUCGACGAGUUGGAGAAUAUCGUAGAGAUAACGCAAAAAAACAGUAAUAAAAACGGUAUUCUAACGAACAAUGAAUGCGAAAAUUUUGUUCAACCAUCAAACUGUUGCAUCGAAAAUAUCCAAAGUUUCAUAGAAAAUGUCAACGACACGUUGAAGAACAACGCCGAGGAGAUAGAACAAUUCAAAGAAUUCAUGAAAACCAGUCAGAUUGAAAUAACCCAUCUAGAACAAAUAGUCCGUGAAUUAGUUGAUACAUUUUUCGACAACAUGAAUAAUUGGAGCAAAUUUAAAAUCGAAAUCGACGAAAAAUUAGAUAGUGUUAUCCGCUCUAAUGAACAAUUGCAAGAAUUUGUUGUGAAAACAAAUAAUACUCUAAAACACUUAAGCAAGUACUUAAACUAUUAAAUUCAUUUGUAUUUUACUUAAAUUGUAAACUUAACUAUACACAAAAAUAA